AUGCAAUCAUCACUACUGCUCCGGGCGAGGGCCCUCCCCGUCAGGACCGCAUCGGUCUUCUCCCGAACCAAGACGGCCUCGUAUGCCACUUUCAAGGUUCCUCGCAUUGACAACGAGCCCAACAAACACUACGCCUCAGGCUCGCCCGACCGCAAAGCUCUCCAGGAUGCCCUGGCCCGCACACAACAAGAGGCUCCUCUGAGCGUUCCCCUGGUUAUCGCUGGCAAGGAGGUGAAAUCCUCUUCAACCCUCACACAAUCGAACCCUGCCUCGCACGGCCCAGUGGCCACCUACUCCAACGCAACCGCCAGAGAUGUCCAAGCGGCGAUCGAGUCCGCGCUUGAAGCUCGCAAGUCAUGGGCCUCCACCCCGUUCGCCGACCGUGCCAGUGUCUUCCUCAAGGCGGCGGACCUGAUCGCGACAAAGUACCGAUACGAUGUGAUGGCUCUGACCAUGCACGGCCAGGGCAAGAAUGCCUGGCAGGCGGAGAUCGACUCCGCGGCUGAGCUCUGCGAUUUCUUCCGAUUCGGUGUCAAGUAUGCUGAGGACUUGUAUGCUCAGCAACCUGUGCACCACGCCCCGGGUGUCUGGAACCGCGUCGAGUACCGUCCGCUGGAGGGUUUCGUGUACGCCAUCAGUCCGUUCAACUUCACUGCCAUUGGAGGUAACCUUGCUGGUGCCCCUGCACUGAUGGGCAACGUCGUGGUCUGGAAGCCUUCUCCCUCUGCCAUUGCCUCCAACUGGCUUGUUCACCAGAUUCUGCUCGAGGCAGGCCUGCCGAAGAACGUCAUCCAGUUCGUCCCCGGUGAAGCCGAGGAAGUGACCAAGACCGUCCUCGACCACCCCGAGUUCGCCGCCCUGCACUUCACCGGCAGCACCAGCGUCUUCCGCAACCUCUACGGCCAGAUCUCCACCGGCGUCGCGGCCGGCAAGUACCGCAGCUACCCCCGUAUUGUCGGUGAAACCGGCGGCAAGAACUUCCACCUCAUCCACAAGUCCGCCGACGUGCGCAACGCCGCCGUCCAAACCGUCCGUGGCGCCUUUGAAUUCCAAGGCCAGAAGUGCAGCGCCACGUCGCGCGCCUACGUCGCGGCCUCCAUCUCCGACUCCUUCCUUGAGCAGGUCGCCACCGAGACCAAGAACCUUAAGGUCGGACCCCCCUCGGACUUCACCAACUUCUGCGGCCCUGUCAUCCACGAAGCCUCGUUCAACAAGCUGGCCAAGGUCAUUGACGAAGCCAAGAACGACCCGGAGCUUGAGCUCCUCGCCGGUGGUUCCUACGACUCCUCCAAGGGCUGGUACAUCCAGCCUACCGUCUACCGCACCACCAACCCCGACCACCCCCUCCUCACCCGCGAGCUCUUCGGCCCUAUCCUUGUUGUGUACGCCUACCCCGAUGCCACCGAGAACGACUUUGUCCGCAUCGCCGAGAAGAUUGACGCCACCGGCGAGUACGGUCUGACCGGCUCCGUCUUUGCUCAGGACCGCGAGGCCCUGACUAUCGCCGAUGACGUUCUCCGCAACGCCGCCGGUAACUUCUACAUCAACUGCAAGAGCACCGGUGCGGUUGUCGGCCAGCAGCCCUUCGGCGGUGCCCGUGCGUCUGGUACCAAUGACAAGGCCGGCAGCGGCAACUUGCUGUCCCGCUUCGUGAGCUUGCGCUCGAUCAAGGAGGAGUUUGUGCCCACGUACAAGGUUGCCUACCCCAGCAACGGCGCGUGA